AUGACACAGCCCCAGCCCACAACUGGUACGCAAUCAACCCCACGCACAGCCACACGUCACUGCCUGCUGUCCCUCCUCGCUCCUCAGACGACCUCCGCGAGGCUCUGUGUGAGAUCGAUCGCAUGAUGGGCCGCCUGCACGCCAAACGACACACCGCCACCGACACAUGGCUCUCGCCCACACGCACAGCAGCAGCAGACCACGGCGAGACGGCCAUCCUGCAGAAGAUCACCCACCUCUGCACCAACACAGCCGAGACCGAUCAGAUCGCCAUCGCCGGCGGCGUCUUCAGCCACACGACCGACCCCCUGUGGAUGCUGUCACAGGGGGAUGACGUCUCCGUGUCGGUGCGGGCGCCAGCAGCAUCAGGGGGCUGCCAGCGGCUGAUGGAUGGCGUGGGUGAGGUCAAGCGGGCGAUUCAGGGGGCGGUGUGUCCGGUGUCUGCCACUGGCGACAUCGUCCCAUGCAGCUGGCUGCCGGGGGAGCUGACGGUUGUGGCCAAACGGGACCUUGCAAGGGGCGAGCUCAUUGCCGAGUAUCAUGGGUACUUCCUUGACCAGGUAGCUGUGUGUGUGUGCAUCCACACCCACACCCACAUGCGCACGGCACACACAGGAUCUCUCUGCUCUCUGUCUCUCUCAAGCAGAGCGAGCCCUCCAAUGAGCACUACAAUGCCACCGUCGGCGGCAGCAGGGGCAUGACCACAGUCGACCCCACCUGUGGCGACAUCGAGGGCCCCAACACCGUCUGCUCCGAGUUCGCACACUCGAUCGCAUGCCGCAUCAACGAGCCCCCGCCCCACUCAACUACUGCAACGGCAGCAGGCGGUGUCAACUGCAGCUGGAAGAUUCGCCGGCACAGGGCGCCGGAGGUCUAUGCAGCGAGGGAUAUCGUGAGGGGCAAGGAGCUGUUUCUGGGUUAUGGCGGGGGAUUUGCGGACGAGAGGCGGUACCCAGUUGCCGAGGGGUGUCGCUGGCUGCAGACUGAGGACAGCUAUGAGUCUGACUGACUGACCGUCUGGCUGGUCAGACUGACUGGAUGGAUGGAUGGAAGGAAGGAGACAUCUUGUUCGUCUAAAUGCCUGUG